AUGACUGAUGGUCUCGUUCCACCACCUACUCUAAAAUGGAAUUUGGAAACUAUUGCAACCUGCGUAGCUAUUAUACUCGUGAUGGUUGUGAACAUAAUCGGGCUAGUAUUCACAAUUUUUUGGUGCUUGAGAUCCAAAGAAGACGGAAUUGAACUUGGCAUCAAUGGAGCUCCUGUGAAUCAGUUUGUUGAACCCAAUAUCAGAAUGAAAUUGAAGUUGCCGAAAGUUCGAGGCGAUGCGGUUCUUGAUAGCACGCAAGAUGUUUUCGAACUGAGAGUUCCAAGCAAUGGAAAUCAAUUUAACGCCUGCCACGAACAAACAGUUAUAGUCGCUCGAAACAAACGUCGUCGUACAUAUUCUGUGCCUCUCGAAUCCCGUCCACGUACUCAAUCCACAGGCUCUCACCAACUGACUGCGACUGAAGUUUGA